GAUGAUGCUUACCAGCUGUUUGUUUCUUUUACUCUUCAGAACCAAAAGAGCAUACCCCAGAUGACACGGGCAGUCUGGGCAGCUGAUGGAUUAAGAGGUUUUUAUAGGGGUAUUACUCCUGGAGUUACUGGGUCUCUGGCGACCGGCGCAACAUAUUUUGGUGUGAUAGAGUCAACCAAGCAGUGGAUCGAAGAAUCACAUCCAAACCUUGGUGGUCACUGGGCUCAUUUCAUUGCCGGAGCUAUUGGAGAUACACUUGGUUCUUUUGUAUAUGUUCCAUGUGAAGUCAUGAAGCAACGCAUGCAGGUUCAAGGGACAAGGGAAUCAUGGAGUUCUGUCACGAUGAAUGACAACUUUGCUAGGAAGCCUGGUCUCCCGAUGUAUGGUUAUUAUUCCGGGACUUUCCAUGCUGGCUGCUCAAUAUGGAAGGAGCAAGGACUAAAAGGAUUAUAUGCAGGAUACUGGUCUACACUUGCAAGAGAUGUGCCAUUUGCUGGUCUCAUGGUUGUGUUUUAUGAAGCCUUGAAAGACAUGACCGAGUAUGGGAAGCAGAGAUGGAAUAUGAAUCGAAAUGGCUUUAUUAAUAGUUCUAUGGAGGGGCUCAUAUUAGGAGGAUUAGCUGGUGGCUUCAGUGCAUAUCUUACCACUCCCUUAGAUAUCAUCAAGACAAGACUGCAAGUACAGGGAUCGUCUUUAAGGUAUAAUGGCUGGUUGGACGCAAUUCAUCGCGUUUGGACCACAGAAGGCGCGAAAGGAAUGUUCAGAGGUAGCAUUCCCAGGAUAACAUGGUACGUCCCGGCUUCCGCUCUCACAUUCAUGGCUGUAGAAUUUCUCCGACAGCACUUCAACGAAAGAUUAAGUAAUGAGAAAGUGGAAGAAGUAGCUUUGUUAUCAGUAGACAGAAGAGGAUCUUCUUUGCAUGAGGUCGUUUAAAAAGCUGUUGUAUUAGAUCAUAGUUUUUCCCACAGAUUUAAUAGAAAAAGAGUAAUUCUAUUUGUAUCAUAUCAAACUCGACAGAUUUUCUGAGAAUAACGCUAUUGUAUUU